AUGAUACGUUUUAAUAUCGAAGAUGUCGAGCAGUUCAUAAGACAAAAUGUGUUAUGGUCUAAACUUCCUGAAGAGGUGCGGAUUGUACUGGGAAGUUCUCAAAGGGAAUAUGACAAACUUGUGUUGGAAUAUUCAAUCAAAAAUCAGUUGAGAUAUAAGGGGAAUAUAGUUCGUCAUGUAAAGAGGAACGAGGAGCAGUAUUAUGAUAUUAUGCUGAAAUAUAGCGAGACUCAUUUAAUGCUUUAUCCUUAUCAUUUACAAGACAUUGUUGUUUGCGGCCUUCGUAUGACACCCUUCAAUUAUUACAUGAACAUCGUAAUGGGUUUGAUGACUGCAGAAAAAAGCUAUGACUCUUUGCCAAACUUUACUGCUGCUGAUACUAUGCGGCUGCUUGGGAUUGGAAGGAAUCAAUAUAUUGAACUGAUGAAUCAGAACAGAUGUAACAAAAGGCUUUUUCGACGAAACAAAACCAUACGCGAAUUAUUACCAUCAAAGCCUGUACAAAUACCGAUAGAACCGUGGUGGUUAAUAUGUUCAGGGAACAUUUUGGAAUCAGAUGCCAAACAGUUAUCGAAGGACGAAAAAGAUGUUUUGGAUAUGUUAAUAGAUGAAGGACCUCAGCUUGCUGGAACUCUUGACGUGAAUUUAGUUCAGAGUUUGUACAACAGAGGGCUUGCUUACAUUGAUGUACCUGUUUAUGAUGGCGACUUCAUUUUCGUUCCGACGCUAGAUGGCUUUGUCAUGAACCGAGUGCUGGGUGAUUAUUUUGAGAACCUGCUAUACCAAAUCUUUGUUGCUAUUGAUGAGCAGACGACGGUGAAAGAGCUGUCUGAAAUGCUAAAUAUUGAUUUGGCCUUGGUAAAAAACGCUGUUUCUGUAUUUUGUCGUUUGGGCUUUGCAAAAAAGCGAGUGACUGGUUUGGAGAACCUGGCACUGCAUGUUACCUGGACUUCUAUGACAACAUCAAUCUCUACGGGGUGGGGUGAGCUAUCAACUUCGUUAGUCUCACCUUGUGGAGCCGAUGAGGAAGAUGAUAGUGAGUUUGGGACGGCUGAAACAUCAUCUAGCUCUAACAAUUUGGCAGCUUCUCUUUCGCCUCCUAUUAACACUCCGCUUUCUGCUACGGAAACCGUAAAGCGAAUUGCUUUCUUAUUUGACUCUACACUAACUGCCUUUCUUAUGAUGGGUAACCUGUCCGCAUCGUUGAAAAAUCACGCUGUCACAUUAUUUGAAGUUGGAAAGUUAAGCGAUGAAGCCUUGGACAGUUUCAUUGAAGAACUGCAGAAUGUGAAAUUAUUUGUCGAAGGUGAAGCUCAAAGAUAUUCGGAGCAUGCGCAGAUGUUGCUGCUAAUGAUUCGUGCUUUACGAGAAGAUAGUGAACUUGAUUUAAUACGUGGUGAAAGCUUGUGGUCUUUAGAUCACGCUACGCAGGUAACACAUAUAUAUAAUUUUUUUUGUUGGGAUGUCUGCACAUCUUGGUUUCGCCUUUACUUAUAUAAAGUUUUAUGUGCUGGUCCAAUAUCUAUGUAUAUACCAAAAGGUACAAGAGUUUCGGAGUUACCUCAUGCAUUUUGGAAGUCCAAACGCUUGCUUUUGAAUACAGCAGCUCAUGAACCUGUUAUUGUCUCUGUCCAUAGUUGCCUGGCUUCUUUGAACGACACUUUGCAAACACAUGCAGUUUUUUUGCAGGCUUCACAUUCUGCUUUGUUUUUCUUUUUCGAAAAUUUCUCUCAACAUCCUUCUGUUCAAAAGCUUCGGGAAUUGUUAAGUUUAAAUGUAUUAUGCGGUUAUGUGAUUCUUAUAAAACGAAGAUUCGCUGCUUUACCGAAAACGGAUGAAACAUUGAUAAAAAAAGUUCCGUCUUACCGGCGGGGCAUGAAUGGUGACGAAACUUUUUCGGAUUUUCUAGUGCUUGAUUGCGUUUUUGGAAUCCCACUUUUUGAUGAACCACUCAGUCGAAUUAUUUGCCAAAGGAUAAAGAGUACAUCGCUCUUUGCUCCAAAAAAGUAUUUAGACUUUUGUUUUUCAAGUUUGGUCUCAGACGAUUCCUAUCGAUGGCUGCCCCCAACACAACCAUUAUUGUUUGAUGGAUCGAAUAUAUCUGUUUACACAUUCCCUUGA